GGAACCAGGAAGAGGUUGGUUGUUUUUAAGGAAGUGAUUCUUUGAGCAGGUGCAGAGGACGGUCAGGCUGUGGAACGACAACAUGAGAGCUCUCGUCCUCUUGGCGUGCUUCUCGGCGUGCUUCUCGGCCUGCUGCCUGGCUCAGAGGCCUCAACCAUGCAUGUCUCCUCCUCUGAUGAGCGGCUUCCUCUCGGUGAGCACUCAAAGUGAGAAGCUGACAGCUUAUGCCAAGUACUUCUACGACGCCUUUGGGAAGCGGAUCCGCCUGAAAGAAAUGGGAACCUACAACAACCAGACCUUCCACCUUGAUGCUCUCCUGCUCUUCAGAAAGGGGGUCCUGUACAAGAUCAACCAAAGGAACCAGACGUGCACCAAGAAGCGCCUGUGUGCAGCUUUCCACCCGCUGGCCGUUCCCAGGAACUCCUCCCUGCUGGGACAGGCCGUCCUGGGCAGCUCCUCUGGACCCGGACAGGGGGUCCUGGUCAACACGUGGACCGGACAGGUGCACAUGAGAAACAGAACAGCCGCGUACGUGAGCACCGUCACCGAGUUUGGCUGCAUCCCCGUCAGCACGCUGUAUCACACCAACAAGAAUGGGUGGAUGGUGACCAGCUUCUUCAACAACGUCAUGGGGUUGACGAAUCCUCAAGAACUAAUCCCGCCCCCUUACUGUGACAAUGCCGUGUUGGAGGAAGAGGAGGAGCCAGCAACUUUCUUCAGCUUAUUUUAAUUUCUGCUUUGCAGACUUAGAAUGCGAGCUGCUGCACCUGUCUUUGCACUCAUUUUUUUGUUUGCUUGUUUUCUGAACCAGCACUUUGCUUGAAUCUGAAAGCUCAAAUUCAACUGAAUAUGUCUUUAUUUUAAUAGAAAAUAAAGGAAGGGUGGAUGUAUGGUGUACUUUCAUGAGAUUAAUCAACACAUUAAAAGCUUGAAGAUUCUA